AUGUUUAAACUCUUUUCCUCAUCUUCAUAUCAAUUCUAUUUCACAUCAUCAACGAAUCUGCAAUAUUCUACAACACUACUACGAAUUCAGAACGAAAAACAAAAACAUCUUCUAAGCGCCAUCGGAGCAUCUCCGAUUGUAGGAGAUAGAGUAGAAGAUGAGUUGAAGCAGAAGGAAAUUGAUACACGACUGAAGCGUGAAAUCGCAAGCAAACAUAGAGGAAAUGGCGCUAUGUUCAAGAUAAACAGAAGAAGCGAGAUGUUGUCGGGAGAGUCGUGCCGUCUAAAGCAAAGUGCGAAGGAGAAGAAAGUGAAAGCGUCUGCGGUGAAAUCGAACAGAAGCGAUGAUGAUAAGUCUGAAUCGCGAGACGAGAAGCUUGAGCCGCAUAGUUCAAAGAGGAUAUGA